CUGCAGCAGUGUCCCCCCUCUGUGCAUCUGGGAUGGGUUGUGACUUGUACUAAAUAUUCAAAAUGGCGGACGGAGGCUCAGCGAGUCAAGAUGAGCGCUUGCGAGCAGAUUCUACAAGCACAGUAACAGAAUUAAGUAAAACAGCCAUGGAUAAUGGAAUACAUGUCGUCCAAGCUGCUCAGACGAACGGGUUGGACUCGCAGCAGAAACCAAAUGGACAAGCAACAAGUGCAAUCAGCAACAUGCAGGCACAAGCCUUGCUUCAGCAGUUGAGUCUGAGUACAGCACAGCAGCAGCAGUUGUUUCUGCAGCAGGCUCAGCAGAUCCUGGCAGCCGCUGCCCAGCAGCAGUCAUCUGGCCAGCAGAGCAGCACCACCGGAGCAAACCUCUCUGCUUCUGCUGCUACACCAAUCACCCAGAUCCCCUUCUCACAGCCUAUCCAGAUCGCAUCUCAGCUGCAGCCUACAGGUCUUAACCUGCAGCAGUUUGUGUUGUUGCAGCCAGGACAGAUUCAGCCUACACAGUUUAUUAUCUCGCCUUCACCUCAAGGCCAGACGGGUCUUCUUCAAGGCCUUCAAGCCCAGAAUCUUCUGACACAACUACCUCACAGUCAAGCCCACAUCCUGCAGACCACAGCAAGCAUUCCUCUGACUACACAGGCAGCAACACCUACACGAAAGAUAGCUGCCAUGCCAUCUGCUGCAGCGCCCACAACAAAGCGGGUGGAUGUUCCUCUAGUGGAGGAGGCCAGUGAGCUGGAGGAGCUGGAACAGUUUGCAAAGGCCUUUAAACAGAGAAGAAUUAAACUGGGCUUUACUCAGGGAGACGUCGGCUUGGCCAUGGGGAAGCUGUACGGGAAUGACUUCAGCCAGACCACCAUCUCUCGCUUUGAGGCCUUGAACUUGAGCUUCAAGAACAUGUGCAAGCUCAAACCUUUGCUGGAGAAGUGGCUCAAUGAUGCAGAAAACAUGACUUCAGAAUCUGCCGUUUCCAGUCCCAGUGACAUGUCCCCAGGCAUCUCUGAAGGUCUGAAUCGACGGCGAAAGAAAAGAACCAGCAUCGAUACAAACAUUCGCAUCGCUUUGGAGAAAAGCUUUCUGGAGCAGAGCCAGAAGCCUACCUCUGAGGAGAUCACGAUGAUCGCAGAUCAGCUAAACAGAAAAGAGGUGGUACGAGUGUGGUUCUGUAACCGCCGACAGAAAGAGAAGAGGAUCAACCCUCCAAGCAGCAGCACACCUGGUACCCCCAUCAAAACAGUCUUCACAAACUCCCCGUCAGUGAUAUCCAGUGCGUCAAACACACUGAAUGCCAGUUCAGCGCUCACUCUCAGCACUGCCUCCGUUCCCAACCUCACACUUGCUGGUACAACUCUCGGACCAGUCACCUCGAACACCGCGACGGUCAUCUCUUUGGCGCCUGCCAUCGCCACUCCGGCUCUAACUAUGACGUCACCGUCGCUCACCCCCUCCGCUACAGCAAGUCUGACCGCUAUCAAACAGGAAGCGGCCAGAACAAUGGAGACGGGCUUAAGUGUAGCAACGUCAACUGCACAAGGGCCCGGACAGUUCGUCAUGUCUUCAGCAGGGUUAGGCGGAGCAAAUCUGGCAGCCAUGGCAGCAGCAGCAGGAUUUAACCCAGGGAUUAUUUCACCUUCUCAGCUAACACAGGGGGGAGCAUUGCUAAGCUUGGCUCCAGCGUCUCUUGGCAAUGCUCUGACUCCAACAGCACUGAUGAACAACACCACACUGGCUACUAUUCAGGCUCUUGCAUCUGGAGGAGCGUUUCCCAUAACCUCUAUCGACGGAAACGGCAGCAUGUUCUUCGCCAACGCCGGCGCAGGAGGUCCCACGACCAAUCUGAUGACCACUCCCAUUCUGUUCAACUCGCCCCUGUCUCUGCUCCCCGCCGGGGUGCUUUCAGCAGGCGGAGCUGGGGGCGGGGCUCUCAACCUGCAGGUCACCGGGGAUGCGCACCAGAGCGCCAUGCCGGUCAAAAGCAUCACUGUGGCCUCCAAGGCUCAAUGAACAUUUAGCUUUUUCCCCCCUUUGCGCCCUUUUUUUUUUUUUUUCCCUUCUUUUUUUUUUUUUUGACUUUAUUUAAUCCCUUUGCUACUACCAAAUAUAGAGACUUUUUAUUAUUACUACAAAUUUUUUAUCCUUGCGCCAGAAGAUUUUUUUUUUUUUUGGACAAAUCAGCUGUCGGGUUUAGCAGUUGAUUUCAAGCCUUCGUGGAAACUAUUUAAUGGUAUAGUUGUCCCUGUUUUUGGCACAUUCUAAAGAAGUAGUUGAAAUACUUCUUGACUUUAUUUUUGCAUGGGUUUGUGGGCUGUUUUUCUUUUCUUUCAGAAAAGAAAAAAAAAAUCAAUUGACAAAAACAACAACAUUGGUCUGAACCAGAAAUGUGAGAUUUUGAUAUCGUCCUCAAACGAGAUUACUUGGCACGAUGGGGUUUCUAUUCACUUUUGUGCAAGGUUUCCUUUCUUAUUUCCGGGUCUGUCGUACAGGUCCGUAUUUCAGAUUUAUAUCCAAGAUCGAUACUUAUAUUUUAUGGUUUAAGUUGCUAUAAGUUAGAUGUUUUUAGGAGGCUUUAAAAAAACAAAAAAGAAUAUUGUUCUAACUAAUGUAUCACUUUAUGAACACGGUUAGAAGGCUUUAAAACUAGUAAUAAAUCUGAGGCGCUGAUUUAA